AUGAAAAGGAGUUGAAGAUGAAGAUGGUACCAGAAAAAAAAGUAUUGAUUUAUGGGGUAAACGAAAAUCAAAAAGAGUAUGAAAAGUAAGGACUGCUUAAUGUAUUUGAAAAGAUACGCUACAAUCUAAUGAGUUCUUUUGGAAAAUAUUGAAUUAAUUGAAUUUUGCACAUCUGGAAGAGAGAAGGCGGACAGGCACAUGGGAUUCGAGAAGAGCCCGAUUAUUCGUGCGCCGCUUUCGACAUUUUCGCUGAUUUCGACAUCCUCGGAGACACGUGGUAUAAUUAGGUAGUCACUUGUCGGAGAGGGCUUGGCUGUCUGGGAAUGCGAAAACCCGCUGCUAGGUACUAGUAGAACGCUGCAGAUCUUCAGAUCAGCGGCAAGAGAACUCUAGUUCUUCGGAGACGCGGAUGCUCAGACACAGACUUAGUCGCGCUUCCAAACAUAACGACACCAAGCAUGGCGAACUACAAGGACUUCGUAGUUGACGAAUACGACGUGUCGUCUGAGGAGGAGGAAAUAUUAGAUAACAUCGUGAAAACCGUGAUAAAGCAGGGACGCGAGAAAGACCCUGACUGUGUCGUCGCCAAGGGAGAUACAAUCAAGAUACACUACACGAUGCGUUUAUGAAACUGGUGGGACUUCUGUAGACUUCUGUAACUGUAACUGAGAUGAUUAAGAUUAUCUUAGUAGAAUCUCGUUAUGCAUUUCUGUGAUUUUUUGAUGGUGAUACAAAUAAAGUGUCCCAUGAAUGAUCCAUCUUCUUACAUGAUCUUGACUUUCUCUUCUAUUUAGCGAUUCUUGACCCUUGAUCCGCAUGUGAAAGCAAUAACGUGAACAUGAACCUAAGCCCUAGGCCCCAACCCUAUUCUCGCUUUCACUUCUCUAUGUCGAUACCACGGUGCCAGAGAAGAUAAAAGGAAAGAAGACGUGGGUUACGGUAGAUGACACGAGGGAACGGAAGGAAUCCUUCGAGUUUACAGUUGGCGACGGAGAGGUAUUCUUCAGACGUACCUAAAUUGAUCAGUUUACAGUUGGCGACGGAGAGGUAUUCUUCAGACGUACCUAAAUUGAUCAGUUUACAGUUGGCGACGGAGAAGUAUUCUUCACCUUCGGACGUACUUUUAGAUUGAUCAGUUUACAGUUGUAGGCGGCGCCGGCGGAGAGGUAUUCUUCACCUUCAGAUGUACUUAAAUUGAUCAGUUUACAGUAGGCGGCGACGACGGAGAGGGAUUCUUCACCUUCAGACGUAUUUGAAUUGAUCAGUUUACAGUAGGCGACGGAGAGGUAUUCUGCACCUUCACAGCUACUUGAAUUGAUAAUUUUGAUCUUCAUAGUGCAGGAUAGAGGUGAAAGCUAACAACCCGUCUUGUACAGUGCAAACUCAUGCAUUUACUUAUGAUUAUUGCGUGGGUGCGUUGCUAAAUUAAUUGCACUUGAUGGAUAGAUAUGAAUAGACGCGUGGAGUAUUUGGAGUUAGAUCUUGAAGACAUCGCACCAAAUUAAGUAGGUAGUCCGCGGCUUGGACGAGGCGGUAGUUGGCAUGUGCUUGCAUGAGAAGGCUGAGAUCAACCUAUCCGCCUUUUAUGCAUACGGUGCGCGAGGAGCCGGGAUAGUAGUGCCGCCAAACACACGGGUGGUCUACGAAAUCGAGAUAUGUCAAGUGAAUGACAGCGGAAGCGGCAUAGGAGAAUUGGAGAACGAGGAGGAUGAGUUGGACGCCAUCUUGGCGUCAGGGCUACCAGAGGGCGAUAAACUUGUAGCCAGCAGCAGCGAAAGCGAAGACGACUAAAACACCUGACAAGCUUCCAUUAUCCAUAAAUCGACAAUUCAUUUUGACAUUUUUGACAGAUUUGAGCCGUCGAUGUUGUUAAGAUCUUGGAUAUUGCAGUGAGUUGUAGCCUAUUCUUUGUGAAUAGAACAGCAUGACUUAUUCUGGUGGUGAUGCAGUACCAGGCCGCUCUUCGAGUCAUAUCGCACGAGUCGUAUCGCUUGCAGCUCGUCUAAAAUAGGAACGAAAAGAUGAGGAACGUCCUCGAGAGUAGCCACCUCGUCGUAUGCUCCUCGAC